AUGUUCAUGGAAAUCUUGAAACUUAUGUUUCCGCAUUGCAGUGAUACGCUAUCAAUCGAUUCCACGGAUUCACCAAACUAUGUGAGCUCUCAGUCGUACCCUGGGCAGGAUUCUGGAGCUCCAAGCCCAGAGGCCUUCAGCUUCCAGCCGGCGGCCCAGAGAUAUCGCCACAAUGAACAGCGAAUCAAACUAUUGACUUCGAUAAACCAGAUUGUGCAACAGCGAGCUGAUCUAGAAUCGAAUCGAGUCACUCUUUCAAAUCUUCUGGAUGAACUGAGAAGAAAAUUGAAGAGAAGGAUCGAUGAGUGCCAUUUGGAGAAGAAAGAACGAAUGAAAGCUCUGAAGCAGGCCAACCAAAGACUUGAGAAGGAAAAGUUUAACAUAGUCUCUGAGAUAGAGCACCUGAAGAGACAUUUGGAGAAGGAGGAAGCUCAUCAUCUGCAGCAUGCCAGGACUGCUGUCGCUCAGGAUUACCUGGUGCUAAGCAAUCAGCGCCGCGCAUGGAUACUCGUAAUACCAAAGGAGGCAAUCCAAGGAGUGGUGACCAAAUGCUCGGUCUCAGAUAGCAUGUUCAGCCAGUGCUCUGUUGCCGAUUUACCAAACGUGGUCAGUAGGAGUGUUGCUAAAAAUGCACCGUCUAGAAAUGCUGAUAAUAAGUUGGCUGCCGCUCGUCUGAUGCGGGAUAUCGCUGAAUUGAGACAACGCGUCGCUCAAGUUGAGGCACGACUUGCUAACGAGUUGAAGCGUAAGCGUCAAGCUGAGUUGGACAUAAUACGUCUUCGGAAAGAGCUAUCAAGCACCAAGAGUUUCGUGGCAUCUCUAAGGAUGCCACCGCCACCACUUCGAAAGCAAUGCUCAAAAUUCGCGUAG